AUGGACUUUCGUGAUCCUUUUAAGGAUUUGACCUUUGACGGUCGCCCUGGUCAGUACCGAGAGUUCAGACGGAAGGUGAUUCUAUCCGUAGCUGCACUGGAAGACAAGAACCAGCACUUGGCAGGACCGAAGCUUUUGAGUCGCCUGUCAGGUGAAGCUUGGAGAUGCACCGAACACCUAUCUGUCGCUGAACUACGUUCUGACAAAGGAUGGCUGCUCGUUCUGGAUACACUGGAUAAGCACUAUAGACACUUGCCUGAGGUAGAGCUGCAUGAGUCAAUAGAUGAAUUCCUUUUCCACUUGAAGAAACGACCAGCUGAAGGAACGACAGCAUUUUCAGCUAGGUUCAAGACCGCCUUGAGUCGCCUGGAAAAUCUGAUACAACAGGAACGUGAAGCUGCACAUGCCAAACGCCGCAAACGUGGUGAUUCCAAGCGUCGUUUGGAGCCGGCAUCACCUGUUGCCAGUUCCUUGGAAGAUUCUGAUGAUUUGCCACGCCGGCAAUCUGAAAGUGCUGAACAUACCGAUGACACCGAUGAGAACGUCGAGCCUCCUGCUCCAGCUGAACCUGAAGUGCCUGAGCCACCACCAGCCCAGGCCAAAGCCUCAGGUGCCGAACCUUCGGAGCCUCAGCCGAAGGCAGUGCCACGACGUGCCCCUUCUGCUGCAUCUGAAUUUGCAAGUGGUAGAGAUUCAGUUCGCAGUUCGAUGAAGGGUUCCAAGAAAGCCAAAUCAACCACUGGUACUGAAAAAGGAGAUAUCGACAAAGCAAAACAAACAAUGCAGAGAAUGCUUGGCACCCUAGAGCCAUCACACAGAAAGCCAAAGCCGAUUUUCCCUCAGUCUGUUCUUGGACACCUUUUCAUGCGGAAGUUUGGAUUGAAUCGUGAGCAACGCACUUUGGUGAUUCGUUCAACCGGUGGUAGUUCCCGAUUUUUGGAUGUGGAAAGAAUUUUGCGUGCCUCAGACUUGGAGGACCAACGAGAAGACCGCAAACCACCCAAGAUCCAACUGAGACCUGGACGCCGUGAGGCGUAUGCUGUUCAAGAACAAGAUGAUGAGAGUUCCUCCAUCGACAUGCCCAUCAGCGAUUCAGGCGAUGAUGAUGCCGAGGUCUAUAUGGGUGAGGACAAUGGGGAAAAUGACUAUGAAAGUGAAGAUGAGUUGGCUGAAGUGUUUGAAAUGCAGAAAAAGGCUAAGAGGGAUUUCCGGAAGAACUACAAAACAUACAAAGAGACCAAGAAAAAGGUCAAAGAGAUAAAGAAAUCCAGAGCUGGCCCAUCAACUUACUACCCAGUUGUCGCCGUUCCACCCGAUGGUUCUGCAGCUGGUAGUUCACAGGGUUCAACUCUCAAGCCCUUCAAGCCUGAUUCCAAAGUUUCCAAGAGGAAAGGUGAUGGAAAAGGUCCCAAGUCAUCUGGAAGAAAAGAAGAUGUGAAUCUCACACAAGCCGAGAUCGCUAGCCAUUUUUCCUACAUGAUCACCGAGUUCAACCUUUCCUGCACGACUGAUUCUACAGUAGAUGAUGUGUUUUUGGCCUCCAUUCCUCAGGGAUAUGCCAUCGUUGACACAGGUUGCACCACGUCAGUGAUAGGUUUGGAAACCGCCAAAAGCCUCGUUGAGCACUUCAAGGAGAAUGGGUUUCCGCCUCCAGUCGAGGUCAACUUGCCUGCUGUGGAGUUGAAAGGUUUUAACGGGAAAACAGAGACCACCACUGCCGGCCUCAAGUGGAUCAGAAGCCCUUCAGAGGAACGCCGACCUGUGAAUCCAAUGAGCGUUGCCAUUUUUGCAUUCCGGCAUGUUGACAGUGACCAUGUCAAAUCACAUGAAGCUGCCUGCGCAUCGCCCACCGAUGCUGAGCAUGAGCAUGUUGCCAGUUGUGUAUGUUGUUGUGAAAGUGAAUCUAAUCCAAUACCCAACAAGGAUAAUGAACUCCCAGUAGAAGCACUCUAUGAAGAUAUAAGUUGGGUUGAAUUAGAUAACAAACUGCCCAUGACCGACAGCAGUGUCCACAACUUGAAGAAAAGCAUUGGUUCCUUGCGCAAAGCCAGUCUUCGCCUGGUCCUGUCCCGUCUUGCCACAAAUCCGAAGCAAGUCCGUGCCGAGCUGAAACAAUGGCUUGGUGAUCAAGCUUCCAAGUUGGAUUGCAAAGUUGGUUUGAUAGAGGUUUUCACUGGCAGAGCACGUUUGUCCGAAGAGUAUGAAAAACAAACUGGAAAGGCGAGCAUCCGACUUGGUCUGCAGUAUGGCCAGGACUUCACGAAGUUGCAUGAUCGUAGAUGCCUCCUUUUGCUGAUAGCCCUUUGCCGACCAGAGCAUGUAUGGUUCAGCUUCCCAUGCAAGCCUUGGGGUCCUUGGACACGACUCAACAUGAGUAAGAGUGAUAAGACUUUUGAGAAGAUCAUGAGUAACAGAGCUGUUGCCCGUCGUUAUCUCCACAACGUGUCCGAAGCCUGGAACCUGCAGUGUGCUCUAGGAGGUCAUGCCCACAUAGAAAAUCCAUUAGCAUCUCAGGCUUGGGCCGAGUUGACUUUGGAUGAUGCCUGGGAAGUUAGGGUUGAUCAGUGUGCACUUGGUCUUCGUUCACCUAAGACCAAAGCACCAGUUUUGAAGCCGACAAAAAUUGUGACAACCGACCAAGAGUUGGCUGCCGGACUUGUAACUUGUCGGUGCGAUGGCAAACACCAGCACGAGCAUCUCGCAGGUAAAUAUCAGGGUAUCAAUUUGACCAGUUGGGCAGAAACAUACCCCGUAAAGUUUUGCAAACGUCUUGUCCAAUACUUGCGCAAUAAGCCUCCCAAGCAUGUUGAUCCAAGCAUUCAUGUUGAAGAAGUUCUUGCAGAAGAUGACGAAGAAUUGGAACAGCUUGAUUCAGGUGAGCAAGAUUCAGAGGGCGUUUUGCAAGACCCAACUGCCUUAGAAAUGCGCAGAGCCAGAGCACUUGUGCAUAAAGUUCAUGUCAAUACUGGACAUUCAUCCCCUGAACAACUGCGAAGAUUAGCUCUGAGGUGCCAGUCAUCCGAAGCCAUCAUGCGUGCAAUUAAAGAGUUCAAAUGCUCCAUUUGCGAUGAGCUGAAGAACCCGCCUUUGUACAGGAAAGCCACCAUCCAGCAUGCAGAAAGCCCAAACCAAAUUGUUGGACUGGACUAUGUACAGGUGGAAUUGCACCGUGAAGACUCAAAUGGUAAGAUGGUUGAAACCAAACGGAAUGUGCUCACUGCAGUGGAUAUGGCAUCCGGUUUUGCUCAGCAAAUUGUUGUGCCGCCUGGACCGCAUGGUUUGUCAAAGGCCUUCCAUCAAGUUUGGUGCAGACCCUAUGGCCAUCCGAAAGUUGUUUUCAUGGAUCCAGACCACAGAAACAUAUCCAGUGAUUUGCAACGUUUUCUGAUUCGCCAUAACAUACAGCUGCUCCAUACUGCUGCUGAAAGCCAUUGGCAGCUUGGCCAAGUGGAAGUCGCAAACCGCAUCCUGCGUGGCAUGGCCCAAAGGGUUUGGAGAUCUUUUCCUGAUGCGUCUCCGGAAGAGGUCAUUGAGACAUGUGCAACUGCCCGUGCCCUGUCCGACAUGUCAGAGCAAAUGAAUCCCAUGACACAGUCCCAAGCCUUAGUGGACCCCCAAUUUGCCGACAGCCUCAAGCUUAGAGAUGAAGCAGCAAAGGCAUUCAUAGAAGAGCAUGCAAAAGCUGCAUUCCGAAAGCUGACAAAAGAACUUGCAGUCGGCCAGUUGUCUCCCGACUUGGAACGUGCUGAUGACCAGCUGCGUGCAAAAGGUCCAGAUCCUCCAGCAGAAACUGCAGAGCCUCAUGAAUCCGAAAUGGAUGCCUCCAACACUGAGCAACCAGUUGAAACUCCCGACUCAGUGAUGGAAGAACUGGAAAAAGCAGCUAGUGUGCCGGUUCCCACAAAUGAUGAUGAAGACCUCCAGGUCACAAUGCGUUCCAUCAAUGCCCGAACGGAACAGGUUGCAAUUGGCAACUUGCCAGUCCUUUUCAUGGCGCAUGUGAAUAAGAAGCAGACCACCAGCUCCGAUGCACCACUCUCCGACAGAGAGAUCAACAUGACGGUUGGAUUACUGCACCGUGCAGUGGCCUUCGGUCAAGUGCGAAAGCUCAUGGAUGUCUACAAGAACUCCAUGGCACCGAAGAGCGAGCUUGUGCCCGCGGCCGCCUUGUUGAAUGAAAUGAAUGAGGUGUAUCAGAAUGGUCCUUCGCCGAGCCUUGCUGGAAUGUCAGAUGCAGCAAAGCGCAGGAUGAUCUUCGAUGAAGAUGAGGUCAGCGAAUGGGAUAACAUAUCCGCAGCUGGAAGUGACUUCUUCCCUCCGGAUCGUGGUGCCAGCCCAAUGCAUGCAGCGAAGCCCAAUAAGGUCAAAGAGUCGCCCGACGGUGUUCCUCUGGCGCAAUGGGGUAAGAAUGUAUGCAAGAUGCCGAAAGUGAAGAGCCUUGGCCUCACCUAUGACGAGUUGAUCUCCAGGGCGAAGUGGGAUGAGGAUAUCCAUGGAUACCUUUCAUGGAUCAAGACAACAUAUGGCACUGGUGAAACAGGUGCCGCUCCAGAGAAGAUCACAGCCGCCGUGGAUUUGGCGCCCUACAUGGAAGCCAUCAACUGGAAAGGUCCAAAGGAUCAGAAGUCUUCCAAAUUGGGCUUCACCAGAACCUACAAGGACUGA